CGUGAACUCAAUCAGUAUUCUUAACUAGCACACCAAUACACAAUAACAGUGCUAUAAUUCUACACUUCAAGUGCCAUUAGUAUACCUACCAGUUAUACUACCGAUAGGCGCUACUUAUACAUCUACGAUUGGACACCGACCACGUAUCCAGAGUUUGCCGGUGAUAGAAUCCACCAAGGUAUUCGUAUUGACACUGCCCUCUUAUUGAACUACCCUGUACCAACUUUAUCCAUUUAUAGUGCCACCCCUAUUACAUGUCCGACACACACCCGUUCGCGCGUGCGCUCCAGUCGUGGGCGGAAAUCGACUUGCCGACGCUCCAGAAGGAGUUGGACGGCCAGGGGCUCGAAAUUAAAGAAUCCCAACAAGACUCCCUUACAAGCAGAAAGGAGCUUGCGACCAAAACGAAGGAGUUCCGCAAGUUGGCGGACUCAGAGAAGCUCGCGGAGGUGAAGCUGUUGUUAAAGUUGUACCAGAACGAGAUUGAUGCGUUGACCAAGAAGGGUAAACUCGUGGAGGGGUACUUUUUUGGCGUGUACCGCCAUAUCAGCGAGGCACCUGACCCAAAACCGCUUUUGGAGGCGUCUCUUGACGCUGUGUACGAUUCAACGGAGGUCGAUCGCGUGAAGGCCGAGUUGGCGCAGUGUCAAUUGCAGUUGACAAAAUACGCAGACUACGACCAGCUCCAGAAGAAGGUACUCCGGACCGAACAGAAGGCGGCUGAGAACGUUGCCACGAAGGUGCGCGCGAAGGAGGCGGAGAUGACUGCGCUCAUGAGCGAGCGCGAGGCCAACUGGCAAGAGAAACAGGCCGAGUUGACCCGCCAGGUAUUGGAUGCGCGCAAACAGAUCGAAGAUUUAAGGACUGCUAACGAGGUGACGGAGUUGCGGUUAAAGGGGGUCGACGGGCUCAAGAGUAGCUCGGCGACAGCGGUCGAGUUGGAGAUGGUCACACGUGACUACGCAUCUGCGCAGUCGCGCGUGCUCGAGUUGGAAAAGCGCAACGAGGAGUUGCGCCGUGAGGUGACCAAGAAGGAGGCGGCAGUUUCGCAGGAGGUGGCGUCGCACGCAGACGCACAGUUUACGGCGUUGAACGAGUUGCAGAGCGAGAACGCCAUGUUGGUGGCCCGUUUGGAGUACCAGCGCCGCACAUUAGACAGCGCGCAGCAAGAACACAAAACCAAGGCAGAAGGCUUGGCGCGCGAGGUUACUGGCAUGGCCGCCGAAAUGAGCCGGUUAAAGACGCGGUUGGAAAGUACCAAGGAUUACGAUGAGAUUCGCAGCGAGCUACAGGCGUUAAAGACGAUCAGCUUUGGCGAUGAAGAGGCAAAUAAUGGUGGUGAUGAGACGCUUGACGGGAUCCUCGCGGCACGGAAUAAGAAGUUGACGGGCGAGCUCGCGCAGUUCCGCGCGCAGCACGAAUCGCUUGUCGCGCGCGGCCAAGAGUUGGAGACACAGCUCCAGACGGCGAGCGAAGAAACUAUCAGACUCCGUGCGUUGAUCGUAAAAUUGGAAGGCGAUUUGAUGGAGGUCCAGGACAAGAAGUUCGACACAAUGAGUAUGGUCUCGGGCAGUGGGCGGACCAUCGCGCUGUUGACACGAAGCACGUUGCCGGAAAUUGCUGAGAGUCCCGGUCAAGAGUCCGCUAUGUUACCCAUCAUUACGAAGCAGCGCGACCGCUUCCGCAUGCGCAACAAGGAAUUGGAAGACGAAUCGAAAAAGCAGUUCCUGGUUAUUAAUGAGUUGAAGCGCGAUAUUAAUGGAUUGAAGCGCGACAAUGCCCAGUUGUACGAGCGGACAAGGUAUCUCUCGUCGUUUGAUAAUACGAGCUCGAACGGGACAUCCAAGCGUGUGUUUUCAACCGCCACCAGUAGCGAGGCUGAGAGCCAAUAUUCACAGAGCUACGAGGAACGCCUCAACCCGAUCGAGCAGUUCCGUGUACGCGAGCGUGAGCGGAUCAACUCGCGUCUCUCUCCAAUCGAACGCGUGUUUAUCUCGUUCUCUCGCGCGAUUUUGUCGUCCAAGAAGACACGGAUGUUGUUCUUUGCGUAUUGCGUCGGGUUGCACUGUAUGGUGAUGUCGAUGAUGGUGUACGUGGUAAGUUUGGGCUCGGUCGUACCGGAGGUGGGGAUUCGGGGGAGCACGGGAGGGACUGGGUUCAGCGGUGCGGUAGCGCCGGACUACUAGUUAUUGGCGAAACUGCGAUAGGCUCGCAGGCAUGAUGGCGCUGCGUGAUGGAUCUUGCGGUGGUGGAGACAUUAAGCUCAACAACAAUCCUGGGGGUGAGGACUUGUAGAUAUUCAGGUCUCUGCCUCCCGAAGAUUCCCGUCUACUGCUUUUGGGUAGCAAUUACACUGUUGACAGUGCAGUAUUUAUAGUAAGAUACAUGUACAGUAUGCGA